AUGACGAGACGAAGGAACGUCGCGCGCUGCUUUUGCAAAACAACGUCGUCAAAGCGGCGCGUUUUCGUCGUCUUUUUCGUCGUCUUUUUCGUCGCCGCCUCCUACUCCUCCUCGUCGUUUUCGUCGUCGAUCAUCGCAAAAAGCUUUCACGAGAAGAAGAAUCAAAACCGCUUCGGGAGCGCGCGACGGGGAGGACGCGAUCUGUUGCUGAGAAGCGAGGAUUUUCAGUUGGUAAAGACGAAGGAAAAGAAAGACGAAAAGAAGAAACUUUUGCCUCCUCUGUUUUCGCGAGCCGCCGCGCGUCUUCAUCAUCGGCGCGAUGAAGAAGAAGAAGACAAAGAAGACAAAGAAGAAGGAAAGAAAAUGUAUACCGCGGGAACGAAACAUUUGGAGGAGAAAGAACGCGCGUACGUCAACGCGAUGGAACAGUUUCGAACGCGAGCGAUGGAUCGAGAUCGGUUGACCGAGGUUGGUAAAGAGUACGAAGAAGAGGUGGAGAAGUUUGAGAAGGAGAAUGAUAGUAGUAGUAGUAGUAGUAGUAGUAGUAGUGGUAGUAACAACGACGACGGAACGGAUGAGAAAACAUCGUCGUCUGGAUUGACCGUGUUCUUCGGCGUCGCCGGAGGCGAAUCGAAUUGCGAGUUUACGAUGGAUAAAGGAAGAUGGAUCGCGGAUCGGUUAAAGGCGAAGAAACUGGUCAUUCCAACCUGCGAUCAUUUGUUCCACUCCGACGCGGAUGUUGACUUGUUAGAUUACAUGAUUCCAGAUACAGUGAAUCAUUGUAAAAAAGAAGAAAGUUCGAACACGUUUGAAUUGGCGUCCUGGAAUCACAACGUCAACACGCACGGCUUGUCUACUGCGGAACGAUUUUUCGGCACGAACGACCACAAUAAUAACGGAGAGAACGUCGAAGAGAGCACGGAAAACGAGUCUAAUCCGUCGCACCAUCAACAGUUGGUCGCCAAGAUUGAAGACGCGUCGCAAAAGAAAAUCUUGUGCGUCCAAGUGGGCAACGGCGGAUGCGAUUGGGAAGGCAAGCAGUUUACGCCCAAGCUCGAAUUCGACAGCGUCAUCACCCAGGCUCAGUUGAAUAAAGAGGAAAUCGAAAGUAAAGGGUACGAGUACGUCUACGUCGCCGGCGUGUUCGAUUGGCAUCCUCAAGACGAUAAAGUCAAAGAGUGGCCAGGCCUUUUCAAAAUGUGCGAUCCGCCUCAAUACCAGGAGAAACUUUUCAACGAAGCGCGAGACUCGAUCAAGAAAUACAACGCGGACCACCCAAUAGACCCGGAAAAAACCUUGUGCGCGCACUGGCGUCAAGAAGACUUCGUCGGUAAAGGUGACCCGUACGUCUACGACCCAGUCCAAGGCGCGAAAAUCAUGUCCGAAAAAGCUGAAGAACACGGCAACUUGAAGGACGUGUUAAUCCUCACCAACGACCCCGUCGCCGACGAAGACAAGCAACGAUUGGAGACGUUGAAAUCUGAACUCCUCAGUCACGGGCUAACCCCACACACGGUCCAUCACGACAAACUAAAGCACUCGCACGAUGUUUUCGUCGACAAAGCCGCGUGCUUGUUAAUGAAAGGUUUUAUAGGCACCCGAUCUUCUACGUUCAGUCAGAGCAUCGCGGAGAUGCACGCGUUGCGAGACAAGUAUAUUUAG